UUCUAAUUCACCUGUUUUUCACAUUCCAAAGCUUCUGAGAUAAAAUGGAUAUAUAUAUGUGUAUGAUACGUCGGAACGGACUUCUCAUUGCAUGUGAGAUACACUUACUUACACCUACAGGUUAUGCCGUGGUAGGGUAUCAUCCUGCUUCACCCAACACUCAUGUCGCGAGAAGUCGUUCUAGUAACUGGCUGUUCAAAAGGUGGGAUUGGUUUCCAUUUAUGCGAACGUUUUGCGGAGCGGGGAUCUCGUAGGCUGGAGACGAUGGACGGCUUCAAACAUUCAGUGGAAAAACGUGUCAUGGAUGUGACCAGCGAUGACGAUGUGAAACUCGUCGUACAGUCCAUCCUAGAAGCGCAGGGAAAAAUCGACAUCGUUGUGAAUAAUGCUGGACCGUUGCUUGAUGUAUCCUUAGGUCAGGCUAGAAAAGCGUUUGAGAUCGACACAUUCUCGAUCUUGCGAGUUGCGCAGGCAGUCGCACCCUCCAUGGUGGAACGCAAGCAAGGGCUUAUCGUUAAUAUUGGAUCAAUUGCAGGAAAUAUCCCUAUUCCAUGGCAUGGAUUAUACUGCGCAGCUAAGGCGGCACUUCAUGCGCUCAACGAUGCUCUGGCCAUGGAAUGUAAGCCUUUCGAUGUUAAAGUGAUUCUAGUAGCACCAGGGUGCAUUCAGUCAAAUAUUAGUAUUAACCAAGCAGCCACACUUGAAUUAUCUCCCACGUCCAUCUACAAGCCUUACCUCGAUCGAGUCAUGCCUACCGAUGAAUUUGCACGACGUGUGGUUGCGAAGGUGCUGAGUCCCAACCCUCCAACUUAUAUGUCACUUGGGACCAACGCGCGUCUUUCCGCAUUCUUCCACUGGCUCCCUCACUGGCUUGUCCUCUGCAUCCUGGGAUGGAAGCUAGUAUGGAGAAAGACCUGAACUAUCUACGUAGCCACCACCUGCCAUGGACGGAAUAAUGGGUGGUCGCGGACGAUCCAGGUGGCUAGCAACCGAUGGGUCGUGGGCCAGAUUUUGAGCCAGGUCCGGGAUACUGUGCGUGAGGCAAGCAGUGAAGAUGUUGCAGAUAUUGCUGGUCGUUGAGGGGAGAUCAAUCUUAUGGUAAGGCUUGGCAAGGGGGUGCCCGUGUUCACGGACAAGUAGAGUUGAUGACGAGUAGAAGUGUGUAUAUUGCGUGCUGUUUAAAUUGUUGACUUGAAUAUAUGCUCGUACUGAGCAGCAAUCGA